CAAGUGGAAUGAAGAAUGGAGGAAUUUGGCGCUUUGUACCGGGAACUAGGAAUUAGCCAUGAUAGUACGACAAUCACAAAACGUUCUUGUAACGCGGAGUUUUUUGCGUGGGAAAAUUUGAAGAUAAGCGGAACUGCGUGUAUAGUGUGGCAUUGUACGAAUUCCGUCAGUGUUGGUUUUAAAACUUGUCUAAGGAUGGUAGCAGGGAUUGUUUUAACAUCAUCAGUAACAUUAUUGUUACUUUGGACUGUUGAUGGAAGUGAAAUUAAAGAUAACAGAUUAGCAGGAGAGUCAAGCCCCUUACAUCAUAUUUUUUCUAAGAAUGAUCUAAUGGAAUAUGAAAAGAGAUGCAGAAGGUUUAAAGAAGAGGAACAGAAGAAUUUUCUGGAAGUGAAGUUCAGAGAAAAUGCAAAAGGCUGUUCAGAUAUUGACAAUUUCAUAAAAGUUCUGGCAAAUGAAGGUUUGCUUAAGGAGUUAAUGCCAGCUGCUGAACAUGCUGAUAAACUGAGUUUUGAUGACCAUUUAGAAAAUGAAGAAUACACUCUCAUGAUGUCAAGAGAAGCUGCCUUGUUAUCAAGCAAGAGAGGAAAAAGAGCAACCUUUGUGUGGACAUGCUCUCAGAUACGUUCUAUACCAAUGUUGUUCCUAACUGCCACUGCAGAAGAAAUAACUGCAAUGGACAAUACUGAAUUCACUGAAUGUAUACCAGAUAUCGGAAAACUUACAGAUCUCAAAAGUCAGCAGAGAGAUGCACUGCUUGCUAAAGCAAAAACAGCCUUAUCUAAGAACAAUGUUUGUGAAAUGGAAACAAGUGAUUUAGUUAACUUAGGAGUUGUUGCUCUUGCUUUUGAAGAGACUGAUCUUAGUUGUCUUCCCUUGAGUGACAGUAGUUUAGUUACUUCCCUUGGGAGUCUGGAGGAAUGGACUACUGCUGAGUUGACUGCCCUUGCUGUAAGAUAUAUGAGCACAAACACUUUGUCUGACCUCUCCACACUGACAUCUGAUGACAUCACAAUGCUGGGAUCAAUCUUUUGUGGUUUUACAGCUAAUCAGAUUGCUACAGCACCAUCAGCAGAAAUUGGGAAAAGUGGAGCACAUAUUGGUGCUUUGCAUGAAUGUAGUAUAGCACAAUUGACUGAACUUGUCAAGCUAGCUACACAGGCAGAUGCAUAUGGACCAGUGAGCACCCUAGAUGCUGCAGAAAUAACAGAACUUGGAUAUCUUAUUGCUGGUGUAUCUGGUACUGAGAUAAAGGAACUUACGGUGGCUGCCAUAGAGGGGCUGGAUGCUGACGUGAUACCACUAAUACCUGCAGCUGUUCUCAAGGAGAUGACCACUGACCAGUUUCAGUCAUUCACAGAUGCACAGGCAGUGUCGAUAACGGAUGACCAGAAAGCAGUAAUGACUGAAGAACAGAAAACGUUAUUGGGAGGUCAGGCAACUGGAGGGGAAGAAGUUCUUGAGGAAGUUGUCAUAAAUGAGGAUGGGGGUGAUGAUGGUGGUGAUUCUAGUGCAGGUUCAUUCAUUGAAAUAUCGUGUGGUGGUUUGGGUUUGAUGAUGGCUCUUGUUCUCCUGACUUGAUACAGAUGCCAUAGUACCAGAAGCAACAUUGAUGAAUUUUCUAGUUUAAUCUGGAAUUAUUUAUGUUUGCCUGUAGAUUGUUUAAAAUAAAAUAAAUUAUUACAUAAUCAGA